UCAGAAACCUUUGUUAAGAUGUGUUUGAAUCCUCCUUUUUUCCUUUUUAUUGCUGCUUGUGAAAUGGAUACCCUCGCUUGAGUCAGCAUCUGUGACAUCAACUACAUCCUCUCUUUGGCAAGAUCCUAUUUUAAGCCUUCCAUCAGAGGCCACGGCUAUUUGUGUCAUUGUCAAAACUCUUCAAAAGGUUCGGUGACAUUGAUGCUAGGUCUCUUAGAAGCCAAAGGUUCUGCAGCAACAUAAAUAGGAUCAGCAGCACUAAGUGCAGGUGGAAGAAAAGCCAGCUGCAUAUCCUUUCUGUCUCCCUUGGCAACAGCAUCCUGCCAACAAAAACUGCUGCCAAGGAAAGGGUGGAAAGGAAGGGAUGUGCAUUUGCAAAGCUGGGGCUGGACAAGCUUUGUGUGAAGGGGGAGCUGUCAGACUGGGGAACAUUUGUGUGCUUUUAAAAUUAUUUUUGGUUUGUUCCAUGUGUUUUUGGACAAGGGAAAGCACGGGGCCUCUGCCCUUGUGAACAGUUUUCAUCUGAAAUUCCAAACGACGGUCUCUGCAAUUUUGAACCAUAUGUUUCCAUCCAUGACAGCACACAGGGAAGAAAUCUGUGGUGAGUUACUACUUACAGAUGUGGCAAAUCCUCCAGCAAAGGUUAAAAUACGUGGCAUGGUUCUCUUGUUACGCCAGCUGCAGCUUCAUGCUAAAUCAUUGUUUCAGCAGCGAGCUCUUAAUAAGCCCUGAGUUCCAGAAACUGCUAAACAAGCUGAUAUUUGUAAGGAGCAAUUUUUCCUGUAAUGCACUGAGUAUCUUUAUUUAGAGAAACUUUCAGAUUGGAAGCAGGAAGGAUGAAAAGUGAACUGCAAAUGGCAGGGAGAAAAGGAACAUCAGCACAAGAGCACAAAAAUGCAAAGCAGAUCUAAGAUUGUUGUUUGUCUUUGCACAUCCUCUGUGAAAUGACUGUGGCUGUGAAAUCAUGGUACGUGUAAAUAGGGGUGAAAUACUCUUGUGAUAUAAUACACGCACCUGUGUAUACAUAUCCUUCCUCACAGGGACUUUAUGCUGCGAAAAUCAGCAGUGGGGUCACUGUCUGAGGCCCCGUAGCUGCUACCUCUGCCAAACCUCAAGCCUGUUGUCACAGUGCUGCUCCUUUGUGAUCUCCUCACCUGGUAUAAUGAGAGAGAAGAAGGAACUGGCUUUUCCCUCUAGCAAAGUAUUAGGAACAAAUUCUGUGAGCAGCCCGUGUAACAAACUACUUGGGCUGUUGCAGCACCCCUGGAUAUGACAAGGGCUCUGAAUCAAAGACGGAGGAGCAGGGAUUGUCCCGUGACUCUUAGGGGAUUCCCAUGCUGCUUUCAAGCAGCCCCCAACUUGUUGCACCCUUAACAUUUCCCCCUGCCUCCUGAGGGGUUUGUUGCUGGCUGAAGAGGGCACAUUUUUGUGUUCUUGGGCUGUGCGUUCUUCCAGACACCCAGCUGUGCCAGGGAGAAAAAGAGAAACAGAAAAAGAAGCAGCAGAAAAAGAAGAAACAGAAGAAGGGAGGCAGGAUUAUGGCUUUAAGAAACACAGGAUCUGUGGACUUAUUUUAUAGGUGCAAAGUAGCAACUGCCCAUUCAUCACCGAGAAAUGAAAAAAUAGCACAGAGAACAUGCAUUUUCCUGCCAAAGAAGGAGAAGGAGAGAAGAGCAUCCCUAUUUCAUUCCACAUAUUUUCCUCUGACAGGAUUAUUAAUACCAUUAGAGAUAAUUGAAUGAAGUGGAAAGUCUGGUGGAGGUGCAGAAGCAGGAGGUGGAUCUGUAAAAUCCAUCCCCACACAAAAAGCUAAAUGCUGCGCUGGAGGGAGGGCACUCUGCCUUCAAAUAGGGAAUGAGCAGUCUCACAAGGACGUGCAGCUGGGGUGCUUGUUGCUGUUUUGUUCCCAGAAAACGAGAACUGCCAGCAAUCCUCUGGCAUCUGAAUAGACCCGUGUCAGACAAACUGUAUCUGGACUUGAUGGGAAACCAAGCUGGAAUACCAAGCAGCCCUUCGAUCUGCUCCCAGAGAGGGGGACUGGCUCAGUAAGUAAUCUUUCCCUGCAGUUGCAAAGGUACUCCAUAAAGGAGCGAGCCCUCUCGCUGCACAGCCCUGCAAGACACGCCUGCCUGGGCUGUCUCUGUCCUCAUUCCUCCAAACCCAUUCCAACAAUAACAGCAACUCCUGCCUGCCGCUGCCUCGCUGGGGAGAAGAUGUGUUUUUCCUUUCUCUACUGAGUGAUGAAGCUUCCAAAUCUGUGUGAUGUGAGCAGGUGAGGAUGUCUGCUGACAAGUCCAAAUGAUAUUUUCAGGUGUUCUACUGAUCUUGGCACUGACAGAAGAGCUGGUGUUUUCUGUUCAGGUACUGUCUCCCACUGUAUCCUCCUCUCAGGGCCUCCUGAUGGACACUACCACUGUCACAGCCAUGGGAACGACGCCUGGCCACAAGGACCGCCACGCGGCAGAGCCCGCUCCCACCUCGGCUCGCGCCGUUCCCCAUCCCGUCGGCCUGGCGGGGAGCAAUGCUUCUGCUGGCCAGGAGCCUGCGAGCGGCCCUCACGUCGGCGAAAAGGAAACGUAUCACUUGUACAACCAGAGCGCUUUGUACUCGGGACAGACUCGCCCCAAGGGGAAAAUAUUCCAGAUUUUCAAAGGCAACUUUACAGAGUCUUCAGAGCCUUACCUAAAGACCACCCUGCACACUCCCUUCCCUACCCUGAGGAGCCCUUUCACAGACCAUCCAUUUCAGUCCCAGACUGCAACCUCCAGCGAUCCCAAUGGCACGGGGCUGGCCAGAACUACACCCUCAGACCCUUCUCCUCACCCCAGUACCUCGGGAAGCUUUAGGAAAGCAGAGCGAGGGAAGGGGGCCGAGCGAGUUGUGCAGAAAGCAGAUUUUGCCACCACAACUGCUGGACCGUCCACUGAUCCCGAAGCAGUGUCGGUGCCUUUUAAACCCACCCGCUAUGGUGUAUGGGAUAUGCUGAGCAAAAACAACUCUUGGGUAACCUUGAAUCUCAGUACAAACGUCCCCUUGUUUGCUGGCCCUGGAACUGCAGCAGCAGCAGCGGGUCACUCGGUUCAGACCAGCUUUGAUGUCAACAUCUCCUCCCCGGCAGUGGGAGACCCCAAGGGCAGCACCCCAACACAGCAGGGCCUGGUGACGGACACCACCUUGCUGGGCAGUGCUCUCUCCACGGUGCCCGCCACAAGGUUGUCCAGCUCCAUGUCCACUGCUGGCUCCACCGCCACUGGAAACUUCCUCAACAGACUGGUUCCUGCCGGGACCUGGAAACCUGGGGUGCAAGGAAAUAUUUCCCAUGUCACUGAGGGGGACAAGCCCCAGCACAGAGCAACCAUCUGCCUCAGCAAGAUGGACAUUGCCUGGAUCAUUCUGGCUAUCAGCGUACCUAUAUCCUCAUGUUCAGUUCUGCUGACAGUCUGCUGCAUGAGGAGGAAGAAAAAGACAUCUAACCCAGAAAACAAUCUGAGCUAUUGGAAUAAUGCUAUUACCAUGGACUACUUCAACAGGCAUGCUGUAGAGUUACCGAGAGAGAUCCAGUCCCUGGAGACAUCAGAGGACCACCUCUCCGAGCCGCGCUCCCCCGCCAACGGCGACUACCGCGACAGCGGGAUGGUCCUGGUGAACCCCUUCUGUCAGGAAACGCUAUUUGUAGGACAUGAGCAAGUCUCUGAAAUAUGACCCCGCAGCUGCCCUCGUGUUGCAGUUUCAUCUCUACUGUCUCCAAAUUAUAAAUAAAUAUAUAUAUUAUAAAUAUAACCUUUGUGUAACCCUGAAUUACAAGAAAUGUUUUCAGCUUUUCUUUUUUUCCCUCAAAUUGUCAACCCCUUUUUUAUAAGUGUGGUAAAACUUUACAGAACAAACUGUGGCUUUAUAAAAUAAAGGUAUUUCUAAGCAAAA